AUGUUUUUCUCCGUGCUGCUGGUUCUUGCCUGUUGCGGUGUGUUCGGUUCCGUCUCGGUUUCUCCCGCCGUGGAGGAGGCGUACAUGGCGGUGGUCGGCGUCGUGUCUCCGGGACAGCAGCGUCUGACCGGGGAAUCCCUGCGCUCCCUCUUUAAUACACUGGAGAAACGUGUGCAGUGCGGCGAAGUGUCGUGUGAAAAGUGUGAUCUAACAGGCGCCGUUCACCAGCUCAUCGGCAAUCACUCCGAGGACGAAACUGGAAAAGCAGAACAAAACUUGACCGUCAGCGUGUCUCAGUUCCCUGCUCUGGCCGCCGGAUGCGUCCUGUACCUUUCAUCUCCCGGCCUGGUCUGCAACGCCACGAGGCAGGGGAGAUGGAGAGAGGAGACCGAGCAUUUCCUGCAUACAGUCACACACGGGGAACACCAUGAACAUGAAGAGAGCAGGUCGCACCAGAGCCAUGACCACGAGCACAUAGAUGUUCACGGAUUAAAGGUGGUGUUUCAUGAGCUUCACCACCACUAUGAGCCCUUGAACAGUGAGAGCUGUAUAACAGCCAGUGACAUCAUGACAGAGGUCAACGCAUCAUCACCAGACCAGAGACAGGAAGUGGGUGCAGUUCUCGGCCGCGUGCUGUAUCACGCCCUGCAGGGUCGCUGCUUCAUUAGCCGGUCGCUGCCUGAGGAGGGCUUCUUCCUGGACUACAUCAUGGACCAUCUGGAGUCAGAGAACUUCACUGUCGCAGAUUUGGAGGCUCUCAUGGGGAGUCUGAACAUUGGGCCUAACGUGGAGGAGCACGACCACGGACACAACCACGACGGACAUGUACAUGCUUAUCAGGAUCAUCGCGGUUUAAGCCAGAGGAAAAGGAGCAGCCAUGAAUACCACGAGGGCCAUGAAGGAAACACCACCUGGGAUCAGCUCUGUUUCUCUGCUGAAGAGCUGGUCCUGAUCUACGGCCUGGCAGACAACGGCUCUGCCUCCUCAGGCCUGGGUCAGUCCGGCUUGGCUCGGCUCAGCCCUGCGCUCAUCCAGCAGAUCCUGAGCGGAGCCUGCGCGGCCGUCACGGAACCUCAGAUCUCAGACGUGCUGACCACGACUGAGAGAUACCUCUAUGCAACCCUUGCCAACGCAGUGAUAACUCUGACGUCCAUGUUUGGCAUUGUGGUGCUGCUGUGCACCUCCUGUACCGGUUUGUUCCAGUUGUGUAUCCAGUUCUGCAUCAGCCUGGCUGUAGGUUCACUGACUGGAGAUGCAUUACUGCACCUGCUACCCAUGUUUCUGGGUUUACACGUGCACGGGGACGAAAGCAGCAGCGAAGCGCAUUCACAUGACCACGAAGGGACUCCAGACUACAUUUACAAGAUGCUGGUGGUGAUCGGCGGGAUCUACUUCUUUUAUCUGAUGGAAACGGUCUUCUCUCUGAUCGCGUACAAAAAUAGCCAUCACCAUCAUCAACACCAUCACGGGGAGGAAUCAGAGCCUCACCACUGCGACCACGGCAGGGUUUUAGAGAUGUAUCAGCAGGAGAGGAAACAAAGAGACAAGUCACAGUCAGCAUCAAAAGCAGACCUGGUCGACCAGGAAGACAAUGAGAAAACACUCCAAGAGGCCAAAGAGCGAAGCAGAGAGAAGCGUCUGCUGCCGUACAUGAUAACCAUCGGUGACGGGAUCCACAACUUUGCGGACGGCUUAGCGAUGGGCGCAGCUUUCUCCCUGUCGUGGAAGUCUGGUCUGGCUACGUCACUCGCUGUGCUGUGCCAUGAAAUACCACAUGAACUGGGUGAUUUUGCCAUUUUGCUCCACAGUGGCUUGUCUGUCCGCAAGGCGCUGCUUUUGAACGUCGGCAGCGCCAUGACCUCGUUCGUGGGCAUGUAUAUCGCUCUGUCUGUAGCCACGGACCUGGCGACCAAGCAGUGGAUCGCUGCCAUUACUGCGGGACUCUUCCUGUACGUGGGGAUGGCUGACAUGCUCCCCACCAUGGUCCACAUCAGCAACAAGAGACCCUGGCUGAUGUUUGCGCUGCAGAACGUCGGCCUUCUGACCGGAUGGGGUAUUCUGUUGCUGCUGUCGCUUUUUGAAGACAGAAUCACCUUUUAA